AUGGACUAUUGCCUCACAUCCCUCCUCCGUCACCAUGAUCCAAAGCUAAACAAGCUCGUAUCCUAUGAUAUCGUGUGUCAAUGGUCGAAACACGUUUUGGAACGACUUCAAAAACUUCCACCACUCGUCAGGCUUAAAAUUGCCUCAAACGCCAUCCGCUUUGCAAUUCCAAAACUGCAUAUCCAUGGUCACACCCAGUUCUGCCAAAGAACGUACUCCUUAAACUAUCUGCCUGGCGUUGGGCGUACCGAUGGUGAGGGUAUCGAACGGCCAUGGGCAAACAUCGGGGCAACUUCGACUAGCACUCGCGCAAUGGGACCUGGAGCUAGGAUUGAGACGCUGAACGACCAUUGGAGCCAUUGGAACUGGCAGAAGAUUAUAGGGAUGGGUCAACUUUUUGCAAAACGUCUUCGACUCGCGAUUGCCGAGCGUGAAGUUCAACAAGAGUCCUUUGAGAUAUUCUCAUCCAAGCAGGCCGAACGUAUAGAUACAUGGAAGGCUAUGGUAUCGGCGUUCAAAGCUGAUGGGAGCAAGCCAAACCCGUACGAAAUACCAUCCCAUGGGAUUACGGAGGCGGACGUUCGAUUGCGGUUAGCCAAGUUGGAAUCAGAGGAUGCUGGAAAGGGUGUUCCUGCAUUGCAUGAAGUGGGCCCGAGUGGCUUCAUCGUUGAGGGCUUGGAGAUUGAGGAGACACAGCGACGAAUUUCUGCAUACGUCAAGAAGGCCUCGGGGUCUGCUCAAAAACUCAACGGAGUCGACAUGCGAACAAAGCUUACUCGCUCCCUAGCACGGCUUAGAGUCCUACAGGGCAUUUACACCCCAUGCGUCAUUCACAAGCUCACUACUCGCGACACCCCAGAUGAGGAGGAGGCUGAGUCCUGCCCUCUGCUCCUGCCCUCUGCCCUUACUCCCGAGGAACGUCUCACAUGUGCUCCAGGCCUCGUCCAGAUAGAGCAGGAGUUACGGGAUGCCCAGUGCCGGUCGGCGCUCAACGAGCUACGCACCCUCCUCUUCAUCAAGGCACGACUCAUUGGGUACAAGGACCGUAACGCAAGACACCAGCACGCAAACACCAGGGCACGUAUUUUGAUUGAACGAAAUGAGGAUCACAUUAAACUUCAAACGCAAAAGUACCAGGCUGCAUGGCGUGCCUUGACGAACAUGUCACACGACGUGGGAUGGCCUCAGUUGAAGCAGGAGCACAUCCGGUGCAUGGAUGACCCAGAUACAUUAACAGAGCGACAUACAAGGCUGGCACGACAAGUUGAGGAGGAUGGAGUGGAUACAAUACUGGUGGAAACGGGUGUCAAAGAGGGUGACGUAGCCUGUGAUGCACAGGUUGAAGGUGAGACGGUAGGAGAGGAGAGGAGAGUGGCAAAGGAGGGUUACCAGACAAUUUCUUGGAUCUGGGUGGAUGGGGACUACUCAGAGGAAUCAAUGUCUGAUGGGAUGGAUACAGCUCUGAGAGUUGAAUGGGCAAAGGCGUGGUCCCGUGUACGUAGAUGGGAGGAGGAGGUGGAUUUGUUGAGAGAAGAGAUGCGUCGAACACUGGUGAGCCUUCGACAUCAAGCUAGAACAUGGGAAAGCAAGGCAACGAACGGCAGCGGCCCACCAGACGUCCUAGCUGGGCUGUCCGCAUAUGCUCAUCGGCAAGCACAUAUUCGGUACGCACUUGCCAGUCGCUUCGAGGAGAUAUGGUGGGGUAAAGAUACCAAAGGUGACGACGAUGAAGAAGAAGAAGAAGCGGCGGGGGAGGGGGACGAGGAGUACUGA